ACAAGGAAUAUGAAACUGGAAUCUCACUGUUUUUAAGUUUCAGGUCUCACGCUUUGAGUAGACACUAGAAGGGGUCCGUCUCUUAAAGGAAAAGGCUAGAAAAUCUCCUCCCAAGAUGAGCAAAUGCUUUAGUUGAAGGACACAGCAGCGAUCAGAAAAGAGGAGGGCAUCUGUGUCUGCGUCUGGCCGGGCUCCGGUGGUGGGUGUGCAUGCAUGUGUUCUGCACCGUACGGGCGGAAAAAGCGCCCAAGAUCUGCAGGGAGCAUUUUCCCCAUCAGUAAGGUGGCGCAGACGGAGCCGGAGCGCAGGGAGAGCACGGAGGGGGCCGUGGACGGCAGCAGGAUGACAGUGCAGGAAUUCAACACCCUGGUUGCGCUGUACCGGGAGCAGGUCAUCUCCGUCGGGGAGAUCUCAAUCGACUGUCCGUCUCUGCGGGCUCAGAUGCACCACACACGGUCCAAAGGGUGCUCCAUGGCCCGGGCUGCACACCAGGACCUCACCGUCAUCUCUGUGUCAGGUCUAGAGGACGGGGAGAUCCACCCUGAGAUCUGUCGGCUCUUCAUCCAGCUGCAGUGCUGCCUCGAGAUGUUCAUAACAGAGAUGCUCAAAUCCAUGUGCCUGCUGGGGGUGCUGCAGCUGCACAGAAAAAGAACAGACUCGGAACCGAGGUUGGACUUGAGGGUGGACGAAAGCUCGGACGUUCCCAUCCUGGAAGACCGAUCCUCCUCUCCCAUCGACUUUCCUCAGGAGCAGUGGCUUGUGGGAAUGGAUAUUCAAAAUAUAGAGAGCCGGUUACUUUUGCUGCUUCAGCUCCUCAGCUGGAUAUCAGUUGGCCUGGCCUGUUUCUGUGACAAGUACCCCUGGGGACCCUGGUCCGCCUGCUCCAGGACCUGCAACCAUGGUACUCAGCAGAGACACAGGAAUAUUCAAUAUGAUGAUUAUUACUGGAAGAGCAGCUGCAACCAGCUCUGUGACAGAAAUGACAGAAGAGCUUGUAACAGUCAGGCCUGUCCAAUCAACUGCAUGCUGACAGAGUUUGGGCCUUGGUCCGACUGUUCGCCCUGCGCAAAGAAACAGUUACGGACGCGUUCUGUCCAGAGACCGUCCCAGUUUGGUGGAUCGGCCUGCAGUGUGGAGCUGACAGAGGAGAGGCCCUGUCACCCCUCCACAGAAUGCAAGUUACCACCCGUGGAGUGCAAAGACAACUUCAAGUGUGAUAACGGACGCUGCAUCAACUCGACACUAACAUGCAACAAACAGAACGACUGUGGAGAUAACACGGAUGAAAAGGACUGUAGCAGGUUCCAAAUUGUGUGUCCAGCGGACAAGAGAGUGGCUCCUGGGGCUGACCUGGUGGGGAAUGGGUUUGAUGCUCUGGCAGAGGAGCCCAGAGGAGCUGUACUGGACAACAUGUUUAUGGGAGGAACUUGCACCAUUAAGAGGCCUCCAACCACGCUGCUCUACCACCGAAUCCCUCACAACUUUGAGAACUUUGAGAUAAAGGUUGGCGAGGUGGAGGACUUCAGCACCGAUCCCCAGCCGCUGCAUGCUGAAUCCAUCAGCGUCAGUCCGUCCAGUUCAUCUGAACCCAGCCUAGAAGAACAUAAAGUGCGAUUCCGUUUCUUCCCCUUUUUCUACUACUCUGGGAGAUUAAUGUCACUCAAAUCUAGCAAGGCAGCUUUUGAAGCUUCAAAGAAAUCGGACUCCAAGUUUAUCCGGGUGCACCAGGUUCUGCCUGUAUCCACGUUCAAGUUGAGGGACCCAGGGGAUCUUGUCGUGUCACAGCCUUUUCUCCAGUUUCUUCACGCUCUUCCUCUUGAGUACAACUACGCCCUCUACAGGGAUAUCUUCCAGCGCUUCGGGACACACUACUACAGCACAGGGAAACUGGGAGGCAACUAUGACCUACUGUACCAGUACAGUCGAGAGGAGCUCAAGAGUUCAGGUCAAACAACAGAGCAUGUCGUAGGCUGCCUGUCCCAAGAGACCUCCUGGUCGGUCAUCUUCUACUCAGAACACAGCAGGGUACACCGAUGUGGCGACAACAAGAUGACUCAGAAAUAUGAAGGCUCGUACAUCAAGGCAGCAGAGAAGUCUUUCUCCAUGGUUAAAGGGGGCCGAACCAGAGAAGCAGCAGCUCUGGCCUGGGAGAGGCAGGGCGCGACUCCGGACAAAACAUCCUUCAAGAAUUGGGCCAAAUCUGUUCUCGACAACCCUGCUGUGGUCGAAGCCAAGGCGGUUGUCAUCAUAGAUUUGGUUCGGGGGAUUCCAUGUGCUGCCACAAAGAGGAGACAUCUGAGGAAGGCCCUGCUGCAGUACCAGGAGGAGUUUGAUACCUGCAAGUGCUCUCCCUGCCCCAACAACGCCAGGCCUGUUCUCUCAGGAACAGAGUGCAAAUGUCUUUGCCAGACCGGCACGUAUGGCUCUAACUGUGAGACACGAGCUCCCGACUACACGUCAGAGACAGUGGAUGGUUACUGGAGCUGCUGGGGGCCGUGGAGUCGCUGUGACGCCUCAAUGAAGAGACAUCGGACAAGGCGGUGUGAUAAUCCCGCCCCCCUCAGAGGAGGCCAACCCUGCAAGGGAUCUAGGAAACAGGAAGAACCUUGUCACAUCUCUAUGUUCAAAACACAGGAGACCUGUGACAAUGAUGAUGACUACACUAUAGGCUGGACGGACGAGCUGCCUCCUGGUGUGCAGGGCUGUCUGAGGCCACAGGACCCUGCCAACAGCUUCCUCAGGAAAGCGAAGCAGUAUUAUGACUUUGGUGAGGAUGAGGAGUUCCAGUGCUACACUGGAUUCGAGCUGGAUGGCUUUCAGUACAUUAACUGUCUUCCUGAUGGGACAUGGAGUCAACCAAGUGGAAAAUGUGUCAGGAAAGUGUGCCUUCCUCCUGAGAUCCCUGAUGGCAUGACGCUGUUCCCCAACAAAGAAGAGUACAAAGUGGGGGACUCAGUGGGUUUAAAUUGUGAGGAGGCGGGACUGCGGCAGCUGCCAUCAGGCUUAUACAAGUGCGGCGACAGUCUCACCUGGGAGCCUCCAUUACCUGCUGACCUACGCUGCACUGAUGAGGAACCGUUUGUUCCCGACAGUCAGUGUGGUCCCGGAGAGAAACUGCAGGACUCUAAAUGUGUCUGUAUCCAACGGGAGAGCUGCCUUUCACAACCCGAGAAUCUCUGCAUCCUAAACCUGGACGUUGGUGUCACCGUGCCAAUGUCCCUGUGCUCCUUCCAUGCUGGUCGUUGCCACGGUGAUCCACUCUUCUAUGUCAGUGACGGCGAGUGUGACACGGUGGCUGUGGCCAAACUGGAGUGGGCCAUGUUCAGAGCCAACAUGUCCUCUAAGAGCUCUGUACAGGAGCCCUGUGAUCUCGACACGUGUUAUGAAUGGGAGACCUGCUCUGCAUUAAAGAAGUGCGAGUGCAAAGCUGCCCGUAACUGCCCCAAAGUUGAAGAGCACAUGUUCUGUGUGAAGCUGACGAGGACCCAGAGGACUCGCAGCAUGGACCUCUGCUCCAUGGCCGCCCUCAAAUGUGCCAGCUACCAGUUUGAGAUUGUCAAUGAAGGUGUCUGUGAGUCCAGAUGAUCCUGUGGGAUAUGGGUUAAUUUGCUCAGGCUGUAUUUACUGUGUCAUAUACAGACAGAAACAAACCUUUACUCAUAUCAUAUCAUAAGCAAACAUCAUCCAUUAAUAUGACAAAUAAAUCCAUCAGGUCAGCAGACUUUGAUGUGUCUGAUGACUAGAUGUGACCUAUAUUUAAAAGAUGGAGAAGGCAGCAGUCAGUCAGUGAAGUCUGGCACAGAGAGAAGUACGUACACAUGUUUUAUGUGUUUCACAUGUAAUAAUAAAAACUUAAAAUCAAA